GGCUGCGUCUCAUCCACCUUGGCUGCUUUCUUCAUUAUCCUCAUCGUCAUCAGCAAGUAGUAGGCACAGUCUCUGGUUCCAUUAUGCCAGAGGGAGUGAUGUGGUUGUGGCUGGUGUGCGUUCUCGUAGCAAUCGUAAGAGUGAAUUCUUCUAUCCCAGCCAUAUUCACAUUUGGAGAUUCGACGGCUGAUGUAGGUGAAAACAACUACCUUCCCUUUUCUUCGUUCAAGGCGAAUUUCAUGCCGUAUGGAAUCAACUACAUUCCCAUGUCUGGUCGCUUCUCGGAUGGAAGACUGGUCGGUGAUUUCCUAGGUAAGCUUGCCACCAUGCCUGGCGACUUGUUGAUCCGUCUAAAAUCAGAAGCUCAUUUUGUGCUCCGCAGCUCAGUACAUUGGCCUUGAUCCAGCACCUCCGCUGCACCAACCCAAGGCUAACUUCAGCAGUGGAGUGAACUUUGCAUCGGGGGGUUCCACUAUAGAAAAAAUCACGAAUCCGUACCAGUCUAUCGGGCUUAGUCGUCAAACAUUGGAGUUCAUGUUAUUCAACAACAUUUCCAUGUUGAACCGCCAAGUGGGUGACUAUAUCGCUCAUUUAGUUGCAGACUGCGCUUCGGUUCCACGCGACUUAACAUGCGCUUUGCGUACAGCAGGAUGAUGUAUUGCGUAGGUCCCUGUUCUUUUUUUCCGCGGGAUCCAAUGACAUCAUUUCGUAUGCGACAACCACUAACGGUUCCAGUCCGGAAGCAUUCAUAAAAUCUCUCGUGCAGAAAGAAGUUCGGCUCAUAAAGAAAAUGCACGGUUUGGGAGCACGCAGGUUCCUUAUAACUGGUGCGGGUCCCAUUGGUUGCACCCCAAGUGUCAUGGCCUAUGGUCAGGCUCCGAACAAUAGUACCUGUGUGGAGUCUGUUAACAUUCUUGCAGCAGCUUUCAACAUGGCAUUGAAUCAGACACUCCUAGAUAUUCAUCAAAACCAGCGUCUGCCAAAUGCUACGCUAUUGUUUGCAAAUCCCUACGACCUUGUGUUGGGAGCAUCAACUAAUCCAGGAAGCUAUGGUGAGGAGGUUGUGGGUCACAUACAUUUCAUGUUUUCUUGCCAUGCUCGUACUUCUUUCACAAAGUUUGUGUUAAUAUUGCAGGAUUCAAAGUUGGAAUCGGGGCUUGCUGUGGCCAAGGGAAGUUGAAUGCUGAAGUUUGGUGUGGUCAAGGAAAUUCUACAGCAUGUCCAACACCUCAAGACUACGUGUAUUGGGAUGGUUUGCAUCCAACACAAGCCAUGUACCAGAUAGUGGCAAUGAGCUUCUGGGAAGGGCCCACUAACUUCAUUUCGCCCAUGAAUUUGAAAGCCCUUAACGUUCAAAUCCCUUGAGUGUGGGUGUAAGUAAAAGACGAGUGCUUUUAGAAUGAUGGGCGAGAGGUUGUGUUUUUACUUCUAAUCCGACAUCUGUAAAUAUAACUUCUAGUAUAGA